AUGUGGUAUUUUGAAUUUUUCAUAAUGACAUUUUUGACAAUUUUUCUCAAAGUUAAUUGUGAUGGGGAAAUAAUCUGUAACAAUUCAAAAACCACUGCAAGAAUCAGUCGUGUCAAUUACAGUUCACCUCUCGAAUUCAACGAAGAGCAAGUUCAACAUUGCCUCCUCGAAAAUUCUAUAAAAAUUGAACUUUUAACCUCCGCACCUCCAAACUGCACAAUAAAGUCAUUCGAGAUUUAUGAAUAUCCAAAGGAACGAUUAUCAGUUAACGUUUCAUUGAUUUUUCCUGAAUUGUUAGUUUAUAAAAUCAAUAACUCCAAAAUUGUAAAUAUUUUCAAAAAUGCUUUCUACGGCUUAACAAAGUUGGAAGAGUUGAACGUGAGAAACACCGAAUUAAUUCAAAUUCGUCAAGGAGUUUUUAAUGGUUUGAUAAAUUUGAUAACUUUACGACUUGAUGACAACAAUAUACAAUACGUUUCAGACGAAGCUUUUGUUGAUUUGAUCAAUUUGGAAUAUUUAAGCUUUCACAACAAUUGGAUGUCAAAAAUAAAGCGAAACAACUUCAAAGGAUUAUCAUCAUUAAAGAUUCUCGACCUUUCAAAAAACUAUAUCCACAUUAUCGAUUUGAACGCUUUCGAUGAUGUAAAAAAUUUAAGAAGUUUGGAUUUGAGUAACAAUGGUCUAUUUGUUAUAACUCGAAAUACUUUUAUAGGAUUAAAUUUCUUGACUUAUUUGAAUUUAGAUCGAAAUGAUAUUCACAAAAUCGAUGGAGAUGCUUUCGAUGGUUUACAAAGUUUAAAAACUGUGAGGUUUGUCUUCGAAAACAUUACAAAAAAUUGCAUCAAAAAGGAUUUUGAAGGUGAUGGUGAGUUAAAAGAAUUGAUUGCAGCUGUGAAAAUAAAUUGUACUCGUUAA